AUGCCUAAUAUCCAGGGCCUCAGUACCCUGCGCGCGCGCUCGUAUGUCCUCCGAUUGCCAUUGUUCACGCGCGCCAUGGUGCUCAUCAUUGUGGUGCUCUGGCUCGUAGGCGUACAGUCAGUCUGGGAUGAAAGGCAAUGGGGCGCGCUGAUUCCGGACCAAGUCAGUAUAACAACCGCAUACCGGAUAAAUACCUUUCCCCUCAUACACCUCAACUUCUUCCACAUGAUCUUCAACGUGCUGGCUCUGGCGCCCCUCCUAGAGAGGUUCGAAAGCGAAUAUGGGACUUUGACCAGCUUGGCCAUGUUCUUCGGGCCCCUAACAACGAUACCGGCCGUGCUAUACGUGAUAAUCGAGCGCGCCAUACUUAGGAGCAACACGGCGGUCAUGGGUGCCAGUUUAUGGGUUUUCCUGCUGUUGGGAGUAGAGGCCAUUCGGACAUACAGGACAAAUCCUUACCUGAUCCUCGGCACUCUCCAUGUGCCAACUUGGACCACUCCCCUGGUUUUGACGCUUGUCACCAAGGCCCUAGUACCGAGCAGUAGCCUGCUGGGCCAUCUCUGUGGUGUCGCUGUAGGGUAUUUGUUCGGGCUGGGAUACCUCAAGUUCCUCGCACCCCCCGAGAAGGCUUUGCGAUGGGUCGAAGGGCGCCUGAACCUCCUCGGCAGGCUGCCGCACUAUGUCAGCGUAGAUCAGAAGACAUACGGCCGUUUCGGCGUUUUGCCCACCACCAACGGCGGGAGCUCGACGUUGCCUGGUCUUGUCGGGAGUCCCCAGGGUUUCGGAGGAUUGAGCUAG